AUGCAUUUUGCAAGCGUUUUCGCUAUUGUUGCAGCCGCCGCUCUCACCAUCACCUCCUCAUUUGCAGCCAAAUGCUCAAGGACAGCUCCGGCAACAGACCGAUCACAGCUUUGGACCCUCAAGGACUUCGCGAAUUCCCUCUUUGUUGAGAAGAAUGUGCAAAAGGCAUACGAUGACUGGAUUCCUGGAAGCUACAUCAACCACAAUGCUGAUGUCGUAUCUGGACGCGAGAACGCUUUGGCGUUUCUCAGGCCCAUAUUUAGCAAUCCGGAUCUCAAGUCCACCAUCGCGUCGAUCGUUGUUGGGCAGGGCUUCGGGUUCAUCCACCAUCGCUUGACGAUUCCCGGUCAGGCUGACUGGGCGGUCAUGGACCGGUUCGGCUUCAACGGAACUUGCAUUGUGGAACACUGGGACGUUAUCCAGCCGAUAACGGGGGAUGAAACCAACCCGAUUGCGUAUUUCUAG